AUGGCGGAGGACGGGCCGCAGAAGCAGCAGCUGGACAUGCCGCUGGUCCUGGACAAGGACCUGACCAAGCAGAUGCGGCUGCGCGUGGAGAGCCUGAAGCAGCGUGGGGAGAAGCGCCAGGACGGCGAGAAGCUGCUGAGGCCGGCGGAGUCCGUGUACCGCCUGGACUUCACCCAGCAGCAGAGGCUGCAGUUCGAGCGCUGGAACGUGGCGCUGGACAAGCCCGGCAAGGUCACCAUCACCGGCACCUCGCAGAACUGGACGCCCGACCUCACCAACCUCAUGACGCGCCAGCUGCUGGACCCCGCUGCCAUCUUCUGGCGCAAGGAGGACUCGGACGCCAUGGAUUGUAACGAGGCCGAUGCCCUGGAGUUCGGGGAGCGCCUGUCGGAUUUGGCCAAGAUCCGCAAGGUCAUGUACUUCCUCAUCACCUUUGGUGAAGGGCUGGAGCCUGCUGACCUCAAGGCCUCCGUGGUGUUCAGCCAGCUCUGAGGGGGCUGCCCUCUGCCCCAUCUGCCCCCACCCUCUUCCUGCCUGGACCUCCCUUCCCCACACCUGUGUUUUGGGAGGACAUUCUUCUAGCUGCUCAGCCUGGAUUCUGCGUGGCCAGAGGCCCCCUGAGUCCAUGUCCUCCUCUCCUCCUCUCCUUUUCCCUGAUGUCAAAGCUCCAGCUCCCAGAAAGAUCCCACGGCUCUGUAGUCUAGAAGCUUCACUGAGCACUGAUGCCACCCCCUGUAGAUGAUAGAGACCUGGUAGGGGCUCAUGUGGCAGAUGGAGAAGCUAUAGGCACCUGCCUUCUCUGCUUCAUUGUGAGGGAGUGAGACAGUCAAAGACCAAGAGAGACAGAGAUUCAAACAACCAGCCAUCUGGCUUCCUCCAGAGACAGGGACAUGGAGAUGACAGGAGCAACCUCCUCGGGGAAUCCAGGAAGAAGGCUUCUGCUCUCCGCGCACCCUCGGCCACCCUUGUCAGGAGGUGAACACCCAGCCUGAGGACUCGGGAAGGUGCUGCUUCUGCAAUGACCCAGUGUGGUCCCAGGAUGCCUCAGGACCCUCAGGACAUGGGGCAGGGUUGCUGCAGGGCUGAUUUGGGUGGUGGGAGUGGCUUGGGGUUUGUCACCCAGUGCUGGCUGUAGUGGAGAAGUGAAGGGGAGCUACAUACAGUCAUACAGAUCUGUCUGCCUGCAUGCACACAUCCAUCAAGACAGCAUGCGGGGCUCACACAGUGCACACUAGGGUCUAUUCCUGCCCUGUGGACACGUCUAAUUUUAGGUUAUCCAUUGAAAAAUUGCUGCUGGUUCAAGGGUGACUCUUGGCAAGGGGUUGAUUGACAUGACCUGGGUUGAGCCCCGUUGGGGGCUUCCUGAGCUGGGAGUCUUUGAGAUUCAUACAGUGAAGUGGGAGCAGUUUAGUAAAGGGUUUCCUUCUACCUGGGGGGAGGCUGGAUAGAGGGAUCCAGGGCCCUGGAGCUAGAGAUGGCAUGUCCCCUUGGGGAAGCAGGCCUCGCCAGCUCACUGGACAGAGAGAAGCAGGCAUUUCCUUCGACUGGAACAGCUUUGGCAUUUCCUGGGCUGCUUUAGGGGAGCUAGGGGAGGGGUGGGUAAAGCCUAUGGGGGUAGUUACAAUGGCUUAUAAUCUCAAGUGGGCUGGAGGUGACAGCAAUGUGAUGGAGAACACUGGCCUUGGAGGUCACUGGGGGUAUCCAUUCACCAGAUGGGGAAAAUGAGGCACAGUUACUGGCAGAUUCAGUUCCAACUCUAGCCUCAUUCUGCUUCCCAUUGUACAGGCCCAAAGCCCCCAUUUAGAGGGGCCUGACCUGCUGCCUGGAUUCAGACCCGAGCACCUCCACAAGUGCCCCCAACACCUUGUCGCAAGGCUGGCUUUGUUUGGCCCUGGCCAGAGACAUCCUUUGAAAGGUCCAUCAGGGCACUUGGACCUGGGAAGAGAUGUACUGAGACCUAGAGGGUCAGAACCAUCCCCAGUGUUGGGGCUGGUGGGGGCAGGCUCCCUCUCAGAGAUGUGGAAGGUGGUGUCGGAGUCAGGAUUCUAUAGUGAGAGAUGGGCUGUGGUGAGCUCUGGUCCUGUGAAACUGUGUCUCUGGGGUCUGUUCUGGGACAUGUUUGGAGAAGUGCUGGCCUUGCCUAUAGCCAUUGCUGCUUUAUUCUCUGCUAACUGUGGGAUGGGAGGAGGUCAGACCCCGGGGCAGUUCCCCCUUUCUGCCUCUUUGCUUGCCCUCUCCUCUCUGGACCCCCCAGACUGCUCUUCCCCACUCUGUCCCAUCCCGUCUUCCUGUGGGGUCCUGAGUGCCUCUGCUGUGCCCGCUGUGCGUGCCCAAUAAAAGCCGUGUGUCCUGC